AGAAAAGGCGCUUGUUUUUCUGGCGCAGUUGCAUCAUGGAGACGGGAGUGUAGUUCCUACAGUGAACAGCUGUCCAGUGAGGCAGAUAUGAUCUCAUUAAUUUAUGGGACGAGGUCCAGCCGAUGAAGGUGGGACGGAUUUUCAACAACAAGCUCUAUCUGAUAAAGCGAACGUUCAUCUUAUCUUCUAAGAGAGAACGCACUAACAGGCAAGCACCCUUCUUUCUAUAUUUUUCUUUUACUUGACUUAAAUUGUUGCUGUUUAAAAGAGAUUUGCCAGAUUGAUCGGUUUUUGACAUCUCACUGGGGAGCCAUAACUUCUCUCUGCUACUCACUAAUUAAUAGCUUAUCUCUGUUUUUGUUGCAAAAAGCUGUCCUGGAUUUGCAUUCUAAAGAUAUACACAGAAGAGGGAUUUCUAUUCCAGAUUUUUAUUUUGAAGAAUAUUAUAUUGUCUGAGACUACUCUCUUUUUGGUCUAUUUUAUUUUGACGAAUCUGUUUCCUGACGACCGCCAUUAAUUGUUUCGAUCCUGGGAACUACAUUUUGUUUACUUAAGCAUGGAGAGAUAAGGCUGUCUGCUCUGUUUAUACUGUGAUGUCACCAAGUUUGGAGUAUUAACCCAAUUGUUGCUGAAAUAAGAAGUGGUUUUCCUAUAUUUUUCUUUUAAAAUGGCAAUUAAGAAAGUGGCUGAGAAUCUGGAAAUAACUAUGUUUCAGAAAAUAAUGGAUGAGAUUGAGAUAACGAAACAAAACCUGCGACAGGGUUGUAAGGAGCUGAAAAUUGAAUUGAGUAAAAUGAAGCAGGAGAUUAAAGAUAUAGGGGUCCCUGUGAGAGAGGUGACCCUGGAAGGGGUCCCUGUGAGAGAGGAGACCCCGGAGAUUGGAACAAACGUGGAACAGGAAAAAGAUUUGGAGUCUAUGGACUUUAGAAACAAAAUCUAUUGUUUGGAGACACAGGAGAUUAAAGACAUAGGGGUCCUUGUGAGAGAGGAGACCCUGGAGACUGGAACAGGGGUCCCUGUGAGAGAGGAGACCCUGGAGACUGGAACAGGGGUCCCUGUGAGAGAGGAGAUCCCGGAGAUUGGAACAAACGUGGAACAGGAACAAGAUUUGGAGUCUAUGGACUUUAGAAAUAAAAUCUAUUGUUUGGAACUCAAUGUUAUCUCUGAAGAAAUUAAUGAAGAUUCUAGAGAUAAAGUUAUCAAUGGCAUGGAUAAUCUUCUGGACUGGAAUGAUGUGAUGGAGCCCAAUAUAGAGAAAAUCUAUGGAAUUAACUGCAGCCAUGUGACAAUGGAAAAACUUUCAAGAGAUGACCCAGUGUAUUUUGAAAAAAAGAACAGAGAUAUGAUUUUACAGCAGUAUUUCAGCAACCUAUUCAGAAUGGAUGGCAAGAAAAUAUUUGGGAUAGAGGUAAUUCCCAUCAGACUCUUACUAUAUGACUAUGGCUUUGACAGCAAGAUUAUUAUGGAAUACUGAUAAUGGAAGAUUGGAUACUGAAAUUACUGGACUUAACAAGACUACUGAAGAUGGAAGAUGGAAAAUGGAACUAAUAGGGAUAAUAGAAUAAUGGCUACUGAAAUUACUGAACCUAACAGAUUCUGAUGUGAUGGAUUAAUUGAAAUGUUUAUUUUGACUAUGGUUAUGACAAUAAGAUUAUCAUUAUUAGUAAUGAGAUGGAUUAAUCGAUAUGCUUAUCUGGAAAAAAAAUUGAUAGAUAUAUUUCUUAAAGAAUUGAAACCUCUCUUUGACUUUUUGUGGAAAGAAUAAAGUAAUGUUUAUGAGAUUUGAUGAUUAAGUAAGAUAACUACUGGAGGAAAGUGAUUUUAUAAUAUGACUUAAGA